GAAGAGAGGGAGAAAACGAGAGAGAGGGGACGGAAGGAAGCAUAGAGAGAGACUCCGCCACUGGCCAGAUCCGUGUCGUAUCGUGGUGACCGGCGCUCGGAUAUUCCGGCACGGCCACGGCCACCGGCAACCACCAGAUCCCGUAAAAGCUUUCUGUGACGCUAUAUUGGGUUCCUGUAUCGAAUUGGAGAGAGAUACUAGAGAGCGAGAUGGGAGUUUGGGGGGAGAGUUCGAGGUGGUGCUUAUGCUCAGGCUGGGGGAGGUCGGAGAGGGCGAAAGAUAGCAUAUUCGCCUCCAAAGGUCUCUCACUGGCCUCUAUCUCCGUCGACCGAGGUGGGAACGGCUGCGGCGGCGCAGGCACUGGUUUCCUCAUCCACCGGCACCUCCUCCUCACAACGCAUGCCCAUCUACCUUCUGCAGCGGUAGCCGAGGCUGCUGAGAUCCAACUCUGCCAUGGUUGCCUUGCUGGCUGCCUCGUCCCUCAGAGAUUUUUCAUAACAAGUUCCAUUCUCGAUCUAACUAUAGUGGGACUUGAUAUACUGGAUGAUGAUUCGACCUCGCAGGUGCAAAAACCUAAUCCCUUGAAGACCUGCUUCCACCCAAAUAUGGAUUUGGGCAAUUUAGUUUAUCUGUUAGGGCACACGGUGAAAAAGGAGCUCAAGAUAGGUGAAGCAAAAAUAGUUGUAGCUACAGAUAACCUCAUAAAGUUGUCAUUAGAUGGUGUGCCGUGGUACCCUGGAUCUGCUGGUUUUGAUGUUCAAGGUAAUUUAGCUUUCAUGAUAUGUGAUCCUAUGAAACUUGCAUCGUCUCCUGCUGGAAGAUCACCUACAUCUUCUUCGACAGCUAUGUCAUCGAAGAAGGAUACUUCCACCCAAUUUGGGAUUCCCAUUUCAGUCAUAUGUGAUUGGUUAUAUCAACAUUGGGAGGGGAGCUUGGAUGAGGUUAGCAAGCCCAAAUUGUCUACAAUUCAAUUGUCAUCUAUGGGACUGAAGACAUGGCCUGUCUUCCAAAUGUCUGAGGAGGUGAACGAUGAUAUCUCAUCAUCCCCACCUGUAGAUCGAAAAUCUAGACAUCAACUUAGACCAAGCUGCUCAUCAAACUCCAAUGCUAUAUUUUGCCCCGGCAAAGAGCCAGGUGUUGAUUUAGAUUGCAUCCGUGACCAGGGGAUUCUGACUCCAGAGAUUUUUGAAUCACCAAGACUAAUUUAUGGACCAAUUCAAAAGAAGGAACCAGCUCCGUUGCAGCUCUUGGACAUCAACUUCCCUCCGAAGGUCACAAAGUCCAUCCUUUUGCCUCUUCCUCUUAAAAAGUUAACUGAUGAAAACACUGUAAAAGGGCCUAUUGAUGAUCUUUCGCCGUGCAAUACAUCGCAAGCAAAUGCUAAACCAGAAUAUAAGCUCCCACCAGUUGGUACUUGGCAAGAUCACUGCAGUGAGGUGCACUCCUCUUCAUCACCGGAAUUACUGAAUGAGUGGGAUCAGUGUAGUAGCGAGAAGCAAACCAUGUACUCAGCUGAGACAAUGGAGAGCAGAAACAUCCCAAGUACUAAAGGAACUAAGCUACGACAAGUGGGCAGGAGCAGGAGCUGUGUCAACUAUAGCAGAUGGUCAUCAAUGUCAUUAGCAUCCAAAGCAGCCUUGCAGAAGCAGCAAACCUUGCAACCUGCAAGGAAGAAGCAUUCGCAAACAUCAGUGCCGGUGCAGAGGAACCACGAUUAUUACGGCCCAACCGUGUCAAGCAUAAAGAAGCAGAACAAUUCGGGGAACCAGAGGAAGCUGCAUCAAACUGCUGGUCAUAUGUCUCAAAAAUGGAAUUUUUGAACAUUUGUUUGUUGUUGAAGAGAAAUGAGAAUAGCCACUUGCCGCCCGUUUGGUGAAGCAAGAACAUAGGUGUGUUUUAUUUGUGCCAAUAUAGUGCAUAAAUUGUGUUCCAAAUCUGUAUAAGCAUAGUAUUGUGUUAGAUAAAACAACAGGUCCAAACUAGAAUGUAACGCUUUGUAUUACAAAAAAAGUGGUAUUUGGUAAG